GCGGAGCGGCGGGGCGCAGGCCGGGCGCCCGCUCCAUCCCUGCCCCGAGCGGAGCCGGCGCGGGCGCAGGACCGCGGCGAGCCCGGAGCCGAAGCCGGAGCCCCACGGCGCAGCAGCUCAAGCUCCUGUUCUCCAAUGGUCCUAAGAGGCAGACGCAGCAGUCCUUGACCCCCGUCGCAUGGGUGGGAGCAUCCAUCAGCUAUGGAGAACGAUGUGGCCACAUCUCCACGUGAUCUCUCCUGCAUAAAACCAAAGCCACCUCCAGACACAUGCUCUGGUGCCUCAGUCUCUAUGCAAGACCUGGAGAGUGGAGACCUGCUUCAGUCCUUGGAGGAAGCUGGCUCUGCAGGGGGUAAUUCGAGGACUGGAAUUUGAACCAAGAACCUUCUCUCUUCCUUCGCUCUUCUUCAUUCAUGUUCAUGCCCAAUACCUCCUCGGAGACGGCUCUAUUUAUUUCUAGAAAAGCAGUACUGCGGCAGUCAUCGUAGCCUCCCCAUGUCUGGACAUUUUCUUUUGGCUCUCCCGGAAGCCUAGAGCCCAGUGAUUGACAUAACUGGCACCCGGGGGAGCUGAACGAGCAGCGGCCAGGGGCCGUGGGCAGAGGAAGGAGCCGUGAGGUUCCAGGAUGGUACCUAACGGCACAGCCUCUUCCUUUUGUCUGGACUCUCCCCCAUGCAGGAUCACUGUCAGCGUGGUCCUCGCUGUCCUCAUCCUCAUCACCGUCGCCGGCAAUGUGGUGGUCUGCCUGGCUGUGGGCCUGAACCGCCGGCUCCGCAGUCUGACCAACUGCUACAUUGUGUCUUUGGCCAUCACUGAUCUGCUCCUUGGCCUCCUGGUGCUGCCCUUCUCAGCCUUCUACCAGCUAUCCUGCAGGUGGAGCUUCGGCAAGGUCUUCUGCAAUAUCUAUACCAGCCUGGAUGUGAUGCUCUGCACGGCCUCCAUCCUUAACCUCUUCAUGAUCAGCCUCGACCGGUACUGCGCUGUCACGGACCCCCUGCGCUACCCUGUGCUGGUCACCCCAGUCCGAGUGGCUGUGUCUCUUGUCUUAAUUUGGGUCAUUUCCAUCACCCUGUCCUUUCUGUCUAUCCAUCUGGGGUGGAACAGCAGGAAUGAGACCAGCAAUUUCAACCACACCAUCCCCAAGUGCAAAGUCCAGGUCAACUUGGUGUAUGGCUUGGUGGAUGGGCUGGUCACCUUCUACUUGCCUCUGCUGGUCAUGUGCAUCACCUACUACCGCAUUUUCAAGAUUGCCCGGGAUCAGGCCAAGAGGAUCCACCAUAUCGGCUCCUGGAAGGCAGCUACCAUCGGGGAGCACAAAGCCACAGUGACACUGGCCGCCGUGAUGGGAGCCUUCAUUAUCUGCUGGUUCCCCUAUUUCACUGUGUUUGUUUACCGUGGGCUGAGAGGGGAUGAUGCCAUCAACGAGGCCUUUGAGGCCGUCGUUUUGUGGCUGGGCUAUGCCAACUCGGCCCUGAACCCUAUCCUGUACGCCACACUAAACAGAGACUUCCGCACGGCAUACCAGCAACUCUUCCGCUGCGGACCUGCCAGCCACAAUGCCCACGACACUACUCUGAGGUCUGGCAGCUCUCAGCUGGCCAGGAAUCAAAGCCGAGAACCCACGCGGCAGGAAGACAAGCCCCUGAAGCUCCAGGUGUGGAGUGGGACAGAGGUCACAGCCCCUCAAGGAGCCACAGACAGGAAGCCAGCGCUAUCCUGCACUGUGUGCUCCAGCAACCUUCUAAGCUGCUGCAAGAGUCUGUGGGGGCUUAGGUUCCUCCAGAGACACGUGAGAGGCCCCUCAGAGGAGCAGCCAGGCGAGCCACUGUCCGAGGAGCCACUGAGGACACCACCCCAGGAAGCGGUGAGGACUCUGCCCUCCGAGGCUGUCUAGACCCAGCCCAGGACACAGAAGAUACUGCUUCUGGUCACCAAGAUUUGACUCCUGGAGCCAUUAAGGACCCAGAAGCCCCCAGAGUCACCGAAGAUGCGCCCUAGCCCGAGUCUAGGGAGUCCCAGAGCACGCAGCGGGGUGCCGGGGUCCUUGGGUCUAGUGUGGUGCGUGCGGCCUGUCCUGUGCCGGGCAUUCUCAGCAGAUGCUCAGAACUCUCCUGGGUCUGGGUCCGCUGAAUCCCAUGGGUUCAGAGCUCACGUUGGUGCUGGCCCUGAGUCACGAGCAGAGAUGGCUGGACGUUGGAGGUGCGUGCACAGGUGUGUGCAUGGAUUUGUACGUGCAGGGACGCGCAGGCCCUCUGAGCACAGCAGACGGUGUUGCCAUAAAGAGUCAGUCUCUCGCUCCCUCAUGGGUUCUGUAGGAUGAAGGAGAGGAAAGGAGAGAGAAGGGAAGAGAAGAGAAAGGAAAGGAAGGAAAUUAGCCUUUGAUGAGCACCUUCUGUGUGCCGGGUACUUCAUCUACAUGAGUUCACAUAAUCCUUAUAACAUGUGUUAAGAAUCACCAACCUACUUGACAGAGGUAGAAACUGAGGCUCAGAGAAGACCGGGGCCUGCCUCAGGGUACUCAGCUAGUAUGUGUUCCCGGCUCAUAGGAGGCACUCGAAAAAUAGCUGUGCAGGGAAUUAGCAAGUGGGAGCAUGGGUAAAAAGCCCGGCUUCAAGCCCAGGCUCUUGCCAUGACCUUGCACUGCUUCUCAGGAGAGAGAUCAAGGUAUUUAUUUCCUUGACUCAGCCUACCUGCCUCUUAGCGAGGCUCAGAGCCGGAGCCUAGGGGAUCCCUUCAUGCUGCAGUACUAACCCUCUCUGGUGCUUUUCAUCAAGAAGUGGUGUGGAGCGGAGCGAGCAUUCGAACAUUCGGGGCAGGUCCGGGGUGGGCGGUGGUGGUUAGUGCGCCAGAGUCCUAGAGGGAGAGGUGGCCUUGCCGGGUGGGGGGAGUUGGCCCCACAGCGCCCUCUGCUGGAUAUGUAACCUUGGGUGCGUCAGUAGCGAUCUUUCUGGCCAUCUCUUGACUCCUCUGUCCAAGGGGGUAAGAUGGCCUAUUUACAGGGUUGUUGAUGAGACCCAAGGCAGUGAGGGUGAUGACAGCCUGGAGAAAUGAGGGUGUGCGUGGACCCUCACUGCUAACCACUGCCCCUCCCUGAGCCCACUCCUUCCUUGGUUCCAAGACCCCCUCGUGGCGUCCCCCUCCC